AGGGAAACAAAAGACAAAGAAUAUCAAGAUCUGAUGUUUGGAAUCAUUAUGAAAAGGAAGUUGUAGAUGGGGAAUUAUUGGCCAUGUGUAAAUAUUGUCCUUUAAGACGGAUGGUUCAAGCAAAAAAGGGACAUCACACCUAAGAAAACACAUUGAAAAUUGUCAUCCAAAAAUGAAAAAUGGGCAUCCAUCAUCAAAUCUUCCAUCUGAAAAUUCAGCAAGUUGAGGUAUUCUGAAGGAAAAUUCUGUGUUAGAUCAAGACAAGAUUCACAUGGAUGUAGCAAAGAUUUUUAUUAAUUACAAACUCCCACUAAAUAAAAUUCAGGAUGAUGUUUUCAAGAAACCUUUCAAAACGCUGCGGUUUGAGCUUCAAUCCGAAAAUGAUCUUGGACUUAGCAUUCUUCAUGUCUAUGACAAAAAGAAACAAAAACUCCUCAGAUAUUUUGACAAGCUUUCUUCAUACUCUAAUUUGACAAUUAACUUGUGGGAGGAUGAUACUAAAGAGAUUGUGAAUUGUUGCUUGACAGUGCAGUUUAUUGAUGAUAGUUGGGCAUUGAAGAAGAAGAUUCUUAGUUUUGAAAGAUUAGAGCAUGAUUUUGAUGCAGGAUCAUUGUGUAAGAUUUUUAAGAGAGUGCUUUUGGACUGGAAUAACAAAGAGAAAACAUGCUCCUUAGCAGUCCACAGCUCCUUGCCUAAUGUUGAGAUAGUUCAUGACGAGAAAAUUUGGCCUUUUGGCAUUUUCUACCUCAGUUAUGAUAAGUGCAUUAGAGACAUAAAUUGUAUGAUUAUAGAUAUAUCUUUAGAAAGCAUUUAUCCAGUGUACAAGAAGAUGAGUCAUCAAGACAAUAUAGGUUAUACUUUGAUGAAUGUGGGAUGCAGUAAUAAUUGGAGGAUUUGUAGCCUGAUUUUGGCGAUUGUUGCUAUUCUUCACCCAUCCUUGAAGCUUGACUUUGUGGAGUUUGUGUACAAGAAAAUCUAUGAAGAUGCUAUUGCAAAGGAACAAUUGGACAAAAUUUCUAAUUUUUUUAGAAGUCUUUAUGAUAAAUAUGCUAGUAGAUGCAGCAAUCACACAAAAUUUGCUACUGCCAUUGGGGAUACUUGUUCUUCAUCACUGGCUAAUGCUGAUGAUAAAAUGUUGGACUCUUUUAGCAAGUAUAAAGUAUCCAAACAAAGUCGACGAGAACUUUAUCAGUGUUUGGCAGAGGAUGAAGGCUCCUAAAUGAAAAUUAACAUUUUAAAUUGGUGGUGCAACAAACAGCUCAAGAUUUCCAACAUUGGGGAUGAUGGCUCAUGAUUUUUUUGCCAUACCUUUAUCAACCACUAUGUCAAGUUCUGCAUUUGCCAAAGAGAUUACAAAGAUUAUUUCAAAUAGUGAUGAUCAAGAUUCAGAUAUCAUAAAUGCAAUGAUAUGUUGUCAGGAUUGGUUGGAAUCAACGAAACUCUCAGCAUGCGAUGAACAGUUAGUGAAGGAGUGGAGAGCAUGGUCAAAAAUGGUUUUAUCCCUUAUAUUUUUUGUACCUGCUAUGGGAUUUUACACACAAGGAGUUAGAGCUUUUGAGAAAAUGGAAGAAUCCUAAGAUAACAGGACAACAUGUUGGACUAGAUGAGAAAUUCAAGGUCCAAGACAAUUUCUUCACUCUAGUUGAUGCUAUUAUACAAGGAGCACCCCAAGCAUAUUAUAUUGGAGAUGAGGUAAAAGGCUGUUCAAAUAGCCUUACUUUUAUUUAUUUUCUCAGGUUUGUUUUAUAAUUAAUUAUUAAUCAUUUCAAUGCCUGAUUUAGUCAAUUUAGAUUAAUGUAACGUUUUCUCUUUCUCUAAAAGGUCAUAAACACAUUCUUUCUUAAAGCACACUAGCUUGCAUUCUUCGACAGCUGUAAGUAUCAUUCACAUCUUAAUUUUAAGAUUACAAUGUCAUAUAGUAUUGUAAAUAUAUCAUUUUUGCAUAUAUAUAAGAAUGAUCAUAUAAAAAUAUGGUGUAUUAAUUCACACUAAUUUUUCUUCUUCAGAGUUUGUCGCUUGGUGGAGGCCAACCCAUUGUACCAACUUGGAUCAACCCUGUGGAACAAAUCAAUACAUGCAAGUUGUUUCUACCAUUGUGUUUUUCAAAUCACUGGACUCUUUUCUAUGUGGACAUCAAGGAUCAGAAGUUUGUAUGGUUGGAUUCACAUAAAUAUUUAGAAAGGCAAAUGCCUAGUAAUUUUGAAAGAAUUCUAGAAUGGUUUAUAGGUUCGUUGUUGCCUGCCAUGGGUCUGAACAAUGCUAGGGAUUGGCCCUUCUCUGAUCAGCCCUUCUCUGAUCCAAGAGAAAUUCCUAAACAAGAAAAUGGAAUUGACUGCAGCAUCUUUGUAAUGAAGUACGCAGAUUACCUUACACAUGCCAAUUGCAUUGGUUUCCCCUUUUCUCAAGACAACAUGCCUCACUUUCGGAAGUGUAUAUUUCUUGAUAUAUAUAAUGGAAGAAUAUAUGUAUAUUUCUUGAUAUAUAUAAUGGAAGAAUAUAUGUUCCUGAAAAGUUUGUAAGAAGCUAACCAAUGUAUUUAUAUAUUUCCCAUUUCUCUAAUUAAUGAUCCUUUUUUCU